AUGAGUGAAGACGAGUUGUUAGCCAUGGUUCUGGAACAGUCCCGUAACGACUACCUGGCAAGUUUGCGAGCUUCAAAGUCGCGGGAGGAGUAUGAUCAGCCCUCUACUGCCCAGUCGUUUUUCCGACAGCAACUGGAACCAUCGGAGGAGGCCGCACUGCCUGCCUUCUCCAAUGCAUCUGCCGUGCCUUCUUUUUCUUCCUCUUCCGGC